AUGGGGAAAAAGAAGAAAUCUAAGAACUCUCAAGUACCUAAAACGGAGGAUAACGAUGCUGAAAUAGUUGAAGCGGAAAAGAACCCACCCACUAAUGAUUUAGGCCUGCUUUUGAGAGAAUUGGUGAAUAGAAGCCAGGGCGAAAGGCUGCCGAAGGUUCCCGAUGUGCUUCGAAGAUUAUUUUAUACCUACUUUUCAGAAAUGGAUCCAUCUUACAUACUUGAAAAACAAAGUUAUCGAGCUCACAAGUUUGAUGUCAUUCCUUUUGAAUACUUGGAAAAAAUAUAUCGUGAUGAAGACUUGAGCACAACGAGCUAUUCAAGGCCCCGCUUUGAAGAUAAUUUUUUCUAUGAGCUCCUCACCAUAGCUCUCUUCACAACAAAACCUGGCAAUAAGAUACUGCAUUUUUUUAAAAAUACAGGACUGGACUCUGCAAUUGAACACAAUGAUAGUGAUGACACUCUUUUUCAUUCCCCCGCCUAUGAACAUCUGAAAAUGUUGUGGAAAUGGGAAGAUGAAUACUUACACAAUUUAUUGCAGUUUAUACUUAAGAACAGAAAUGUGGAUAUUGAUUUAGGGAACUAUUGCAAGACAAGUUACAAGCGGCCGUUAACCUUCUUACUAACUUGUCCCAAUAACAACAUUAAGCAUAGGUUCUUGCUGUCAGAAGAGUUCAAUAUAUUAGAAGAGUAUCUUUAUGCUGCACAGAGUAACAUAAAAUCAAAAAUAGCAAUAGCUAUCCAAUCCACCAUCGGUAAACACAUGAACUUUUUCACUAUGACAUUACAUCUGUACGAUAGAGUAACUGAGUAUAAUCAAUCGUAUUUAAGGUACGAAAUUACAGACGAUGAAAAUGCAUUAUGCCAGUUUGAUGAGUCGUUGCUAGAUGUUUUGCUCGAAUUUGAACGCUAUGUUACUACUGAUGAUAUCGAAGCAAUAUUACUCCAGUCUGGCAGAAUAAACAAAGUCAAGGAUAUCAGUUCUGCCAUAGAGAGAGGAGAUUAUAAAUGGGAGCAAGGUACUUUGAGGAGCUUAACCCCAAACAACCAUAAGGCUGAUAAUGAGGAAGAAGUUAUACUUUCAUUUGAUAUCAAUGAAAAUGGGCUUCAAGAAGUUCCAAAUAUAAUGAAGGACAGUAUGUUACGGCACAGCAUUCUCUUUGAAUUUCUGGGACUUAGCCAAAGAAAUACUUUAGCACCAUACUUGGAGAUGCAAUUCAAAACUUUAGCGGGAUUGGUAGAUCCUUUGACACAACCUACCCCAAACGACACUCAUAUCAUAUCAAUUGAUCUCCUUCAUGGUUUGUAUACAGGCCUAGUUCAUCCUGCAUUGAUUAAAUCUGGUAAAGCACGGAAUUAUGAUUGGAAAUAUUUAUGUGGCUUCAACUUAAUUAAGAUCGUAUGGAAAAGUUUAAAAAAGUUACAUUGCAGCAGCUAUGAUACACUUAAUAAUAUCGGAAAUUUCGAAGAAGGUAAUGAUUGGAGGCAGACUCUUGAAUAUUGGAUACCAAAAAAUUUGAAUACCCAAGAUCUAGAAUUGCUUUAUAUGAUUGAUAUUUUGUCGGUUUACGCAAUUUAUAAAUUAUACGAAGACCAGCCAAUACAAAAUAACCCCUUUCUGUUCGAAUUAUUUUCUGUUUGGAAAUAUAUUACAAAAAUUAUCUUUUUGGGGCUGCAAGUGGAUAGAAUUGAAGAACAAAAUGACUCCGAAGAAACGCCUUUAAUGAUAAGGGCAACUGUUAGGGGUGCAUCAGCUUUUCGGGCUGCAUUAACAACAAUAUUAAACAGACAAAUAGAAAAUAAUGAACAUGAUUUCAAACAUGAGCCAAUUAACACCUUCAUGUCACCUCAUGGAAGAAAAUUAUGUAGUGGCUCCCUUUAUGCGGAUAUGCGUGUAUCCACCAAAAUAUUCGUAGAGAACGGAGUAGAGCUCGAUGACAUAACAAAUUUACUGACAGAUUUACAGCCUGGUGAUCGUUUUGAUGAAGAUGUCGAGUAUAUGUUUGACUAUGAAUACGAGGAUUACAAUUUGGUAUCUGAUUCUGAGGAUAUGGACGAGAAAGCCGAUAAUGAAAGUGAUGGAGUAAGGCCAGCUCCAAUCUUUAGAAGGUGUAAUUGUGUCUUCGAAGAUGAUAAAAUAAUGGAUGAAAGCACAAUAGACCACCAAUCCCUAAUAACAGAUAUGGAAUUAGAAAAUAAUGCAAUAUCAACUAAAGAUGAAAAUGAUAAAAUUAAAAUUAUAUCACAGCCAGAGCCGUUUACGGUCAGGAUGCGUAGCUUUUUUGACUUUAACUAUGGUGGUAAAGACUGGAGAGAUAUACCGCGAGGGGAAAACUUAUACUACAACGGUGAGUUUGUUUUCGUUCAGGAAUGUUCAUCUUCUGAGUUUGCUUCGUAUUUUUCUAAAGCUGUUAAUUCCGUGUUGGAUAUAUCAGAGUCUAAUCGUCUUAUUCAGUUAGUAGCCUCUUGCAUUAGGGAAGAACAGGAUCGCAUGGUUAUCUAUCAUGGAAUGUCACAACUACCAUUAGCCAAUGGGGAUGUCAAUAAAUCAAAAUUAACAGUAGAUGAAAUUUAUGAUCAAAUUAGUUCAUCAAACAAUUUUGCUAAAAUGCUAUAUCAGGAUACUGAAUUGGCAUGUGGUUUGAUGGAUGAGCUUCUAAUGAUAGUGGGAUACAGAAGAGUCUUGAUAUGGUUUUUAACGCACAUAAACAUCACAUUUCCCCUGAUACAUUACAUUUUUGAAUUGGUAAUGGGCUAUAGAGUGGGAUUCUCAGAUGGAGAUGCUAAUGGCGACAACAAUAAGAAAUCUAGUACAGGGAAAUGCGGAUUUUCAAGACUAGGUACGGUAGCUUUAUCCUCUAUUGAAAAGCAAAUGUUAUUGCAAGAAUUCUUCCUAAAUGCAACAGUGUCGUUAUCGGCAAAAUCAUUUGAAUCCAACGGCACUGAAAUUGAUAAUUACGAUGACAAUGCUGAUGAGGACAAUGAAUAUAUAUCUUCAUAUGCUGUUGGCAUUGUUACAUUGAUAUGCAACAUGGUUAAGACGCUUGUGAGAGCUGGCCAAAUGGAUGUCUCCAAAAGUGAAUACACAGUUGAGCUCCAAACUCUAUUAGUAAAUUGGAUAUCUCUGAUACCUGAAGCAAAAGAGCUGUUUUUUUUUCUAAAACAAGAGGCACAUGAAUUUGAUAUACAAGAUAGCUUGGAACCUAUAAACGAGAGUGAACUGCAAACUUCUGGCAACAUAAAUGAACCAGCAGCAACCGACUCGAUACCGCUUGAUGAUACUAUAAAUACUUCCCUAACUAGCUCAACAAAAAAUUCAAACGCGACUGACGCCCUGAGUACAUUUUUGGAGACUGUCGAAGAGACUAGCGUUCAACCACCACAAAUCGGUCGCAAAGUCAUAUACAAGGGUACCAAGAUACUUCCAUUACCCGAACAGGAAAGACCAAUACCUUUCCAUCUCCUCUUUGAAAGGGCAGAGCAUCUAAUAUAA